AAGAAAGCUUGGAUUUGCUUGUAAUUACUACACCUUCUGACCUACCUCUUUAGAGCCUAGCUGCAGAGAAUUACUCCAGUAGUUUUAGGCUGGCAUCUCUCCAGUUUGGCCAAUGGGAGUUCGGGCCAGAGGGAAUCCAUGAAGUCUGAGGGCAUAAAAGUGUCUCGAAGUGAUGAAGAUGAGGGAGGAGAUGAAGAUCAAUCAGAUGGGCGAGCAGAUCCUCUCAGAGAGACCACAGAGCUGAAUGGGACCCAUAAAAACACAGACACAAAUAGCACUGAACAGAACCUCUCAGCACAAGGAUCGCCAGCACAGUCUUUAACUAUGGAGAAUGGACUGUUAGCGACUGAGCCACCACAUGGCUCCACAGUUGGCAGUAAUGGAUAUAUUCUAAGCAAACAGCAGGAAGACACACUAUUUGCCCCACACAGGACAAACUGGUCCCCUGAUGGAGGUUCCACAUUGGGGCCUGGGACUAAAAACUCACCUUCUUCAGCUUCUUCGUUGCAAUCGCCAGACAAAGGCUUCUCUAAUGCAGAUGCAAGGCCAGGACCAAGCCCGAAUGAGAGACGGGUGGAAACAGAGACUAAAAAUGGCAUUGCAUCAAAUACGCCCCCAUCUGUAACAAUACACCGUGCACGCAAGACUAUGUCAAGGCCGGCCUCAAGCCCAAUUCUAAAGCUUUUAAAUAGGGAAAAUAAGGAGCCAAUUGUGGUGAAAGAUGGCAGUGUGGCCACACCAGAGGCAGGGCCACCUCAACCAUCUCCAAUCCAGAAUCACCUACAUCAAAGCCAAACCGAUGUCUCAGCUGAACUGACCACCACACCAGCCAAGCCACAAACAGUUGCAUUCGUGUCACGAAAGAAAAAGAGGAAGAUGGGGACAUACAGCCUUGUGCCUAAAAAGAAAAACAAAGUAUUGAAACAACGCACAGUUCUGGAGAUGUUUCAGCAAGUCUCCCAGUCUCCACCCAACCCUCAGCAAACAAAGGAAGCAGUGCACAUGAAUGGAGAGAGGAUGGAAAAUGAGUCUGAUGGAGAAGAGUCAGAAGAAGGAGAAUACACAGAGGAUGACGAGGAACUGCCCACAGAGCUUGGAGCCAAAUCUUCUCAGGAGGAAACCAGGAUAGCUUCAUUCUCUCAGCCUCUUGAAGAAGAACAGGAGUCUGAGGAGUCACCAGAUGGUGAGGGUGAAGAGGAAGGGGAUGAAUCAGACUUGAGUUCAGAGUCGAGCUUGAAGAAGAAAUGGAAGAAGAAAGUCAAGGGAGACAACGCUUGGCUCCGACCAUCUAGAAAACGCAAGAGGAAAUUGAAAACAAAGACCGAAGCUCUCUCUGGAAUGGAGUCCCAGUCUAAAUCAGAGAGCCAGAGCUCACCAUUGGCCCCUGUUGAGCACAGGAAAGAGUAUAAAGAGGUUCCCUUAGUCUCCCUCAACCUGGCGGCACAGGAAGACUUACUGACAUCUCAGAGUACAGCUAUUUCAGGGCCAGGGGAGAGCACAGAUGCAGACAUGGUUCAAGAACUACCCCUUUGCAGCUGCCGAAUGGAGACACCCAAGAGCAGAGAGAUCCUCACCCUGGCAGACAGGAAGUGCAUGGCAACUGAGAGCGUUGAUGGCCAGCUGAGCCGGUGUCAGAGUGCAGUUGUGAAGCACGAGAUGAUGAGGCCUUCAAACAUUGUUCAACUGCUGGUUCUGUGUGAGGACCAUCGCACGGGCAUGGUCAAACAUCAGUGCUGCCCAGGCUGUGGCUUCUUUUGCAGAGCUGGUACCUUCAUGGAGUGUCAGCCAGAGGUGAAUAUCUCCCACCGUUUUCAUCGAGCUUGUUCCUCAGUUCUGAAUGGUCAGAGCUUUUGUCCACACUGUGGAGAGGAAGUCAGCAAGGCCAAGGAGGUCACCAUUGCCAAGGCUGAUACGACCUCGACUGUACCUCUCAGUCAAGGCCCCUGCACCCCCAGCACCUCAGAGGGCAAGGCGGACACCACCACUGGAGGCUCCACUCGACUCUCCGUUCUUGGGUCGGGCAAAGCAGACAGCACCUUGCCAAAACCUCCAGAGACACAAGACACAUCUCUGUACCUUGUGGGCUCCAAAACAGGCACCGUGGGAGCAGAAACUGCUACUGCACCUCCAGGACCACCUAAAGAAACUCUUGAAAGUGUCCUGCUGGCUCUAGAUGCAGAGAAACCCAAGAAGCUUCGGUUUCACCCAAAACAGCUUUACAUUUCAGCCAAACAAGGGGAGCUGCAGAAGGUCUUGUUGAUGUUGGUGGAUGGGAUUGACCCCAACUUUAAGAUGGAGAGUCAGAACAAACGCACACCACUUCAUGUAGCAGCCGAGGCUGGUCAUCAGGAGGUCUGCCACAUGCUGAUACAGGCUGGCGCAAACCUUGACAUGUGUGACGAAGACCAGAGGACGCCACUGAUGGAGGCCUGUGAGAACAACCACCUGGACACGGUGCGCUACCUGCUGCGGGCUGGAGCCAUUGUGUCUCACAAGGAUGUUGAAGGCUCAUCAUGUCUUCAUCUUGCUGCUAAGGCUGGGUAUUUUGGCAUCGUACAACAUCUGCUGUCCACAGGCCUUAUAGAUAUUAACUGUCAGGAUGAUGGAGGUUGGACAGCCAUGAUUUGGGCCACAGAGUACAAGCAUGUAGAUCAUGUGAAACUCCUGCUCGCCAAAGGGGCUGACAUCAACAUCCGAGACAAGGAGGAAAAUAUCUGUCUACACUGGGCGGCGUUCUCUGGGUGUGUUGAGAUAGCCAAGAUCCUGAUGGCCGCCAAGUGUGACCUCAAUGCAGUCAACAUCCACGGAGACUCGCCAUUGCACAUAGCAUCGCGGGAGAACCGGCUUGAAUGUGUCAAUUUGUUUCUGUCGUGGGGGGCUGACGCAACCCUGAAGAACAAAGAGGGAGAGACACCCAUGCAGUGCUGCAACCAGAACUCAAAGGUUUGGAGUGCCCUGCAAGCUAGCAAGAAACAGAGAGAAGCUAACAGCAGCCAGACAGCCCCUGCAGAAAAGCUCCUCAACAGGGACAUUGCCAGAGGCUACGAGAAAGUCCCCGUCCCGUGUGUGAAUGCGGUGGACAGUGAACCCUGUCCUGACAACUACAAAUAUGUCCCUGAUAGCUGUGUGACUUCCCCAAUGAACAUCGACAAAAACAUCACUCACUUGCAGUACUGUGUCUGUAAAGACAACUGCUCUUCAGCUAGCUGCAUGUGUGGCCAACUCAGCUUACGGUGCUGGUAUGAUCAAGAGAGUCGUCUGCUGCCUGAGUUCUGCAGUGAGGAACCGCCUCUUGUCUUUGAGUGUAACCAUGCCUGCUCCUGCUGGAGAACCUGCAAGAACCGUGUUGUACAGAACGGGCUGAGGGUAAGACUGCAGCUGUUCAGGACUAAGAAGAUGGGAUGGGGUGUCAAGACAUUACAAGAUAUCCCUCAAGGAACAUUUGUUUGCAAAUAUGUGGGUGAGAUCAUCUCUGAUGCCGAAGCAGAUGUCAGAGAGAAUGACUCCUAUCUUUUCAGUCUGGACAGCAAGGUGGGUGAUAUGUACUGCGUUGAUGCCCGUUUCUACGGUAACAUCAGCCGCUUCAUAAACCAUCACUGUGAGCCCAAUCUGUUCCCCUGUCGAGUGUUCACCUCUCACCAGGACCUCAGGUUUCCUCACAUCGCAUUCUUUGCCAGCAAGAACAUCAGCGCCGGAGACGAACUUGGGUUUGAUUAUGGCGACCACUUUUGGGAUGUUAAGGGAAAGCAGUUCAGCUGCGAGUGUGGCUCAUCCAAAUGUAAGCACUCUGCAGCAGCCAUCGCCCAGAGACAGGCAGACAGCACGCCGGGUGACCAGCAGCCCAGCGCCCUGCCCGAUACCAGCUCCUCCACCCCAUCUAGCCCCAGCUAAACUCCCCAACAACCGUGCUUCUGUCAUAAAACAUCUGGUUUCCUCCUCCUAUCACCAUUGCGGGCAAACCUCCUGGACCAUCUGCCCAUCUAGGCCAGUUGAUGCUACACCCACAGUGCCAUGUUUAGUCUUGUGAUUUGACAACCUGAUUGGUUGAAAUUUCGGCUUAGGAGCUCAUAUAUACAUUGAUUCCAUUGACAAGUUACUUGGUAUGAUAGGUGAGAGGUGCACCGUUGGACUGGUGUUUGAGGUAUUCAAUCCAAACUUUUUUGUAUGUUUUUCCAUGAUUUUCAGCUCCACACCUGGCAACAUCCUACUUGGUCCAGUGUCAUAAAAAUGAGCUCUAAAUUCUAAUAGAUUUUUGUUCUCUUGAGAAUUAGAUUACUGUAUGUUUGGACCAGUUAAGGGAUUAUGUAUAUGUCUGUCACGUUACCAUUGAAUACUACCUUAUUCUUGUCAGCAAGCAGUCAACGCACAAUUCAAAUGUCAGUAAAUGUUUACGUAGCCGACUCAUCUUUGAUGAACUCAAUGUUUUUCAGGCUUUUACUUUAACAGUCAAGGUGAAAACUAUCCAAAAUCCAAAUGAAUUUCAAAUAAAGAUAAUUUAAGACUUUUUUGGUUUUAUACAUUUACAGAAUAUUCAGCAAAUGACAUUAUGACAUUGAAAGACUGACUUUGUGUUAUUUGAUACAGACUUUUUCCCAUUACAAUCUGUUUUGGGCUCAGGAGUGGGCUGUAUCAACGUUAAAUAAACUGUAGACUCAUGCGUGGACUGUGAGCUCUCUUCAGUGUGUAACAUUGGACAUUCGCCCUGACGCGAGGCAUCGUGUCAGAGGUCUAACAUAAGGAGUCUGAACUGUACUUUUUUUUCCUUCCCCCCCAUUUCACCAAGAUCCCGGUAAACUCUUGAUAAAAAAUGCCUUUUAAUGGCGAAUCGCCAUUGAAAGUACCAAUUAAACCAGGACGAGGCUAAUUCAGUAUCUAAAAAAACAGUUUUAUUGGUUAUUUUUUGCAUGUUACAGGCCUGAAUGGACGUGGCUAUUCUUAUAUGCAUAUAACGUGCAUCCAGUCACUGCAAAUUAAAACUAAAAUAUAUUGGAACAUUUCUGUACAUACUUUCGGUUGAAAUGAUGGAACCUAUUCGCAUGCUUUUGAGACACGUGCUUUAGGAUAGGACUGGAACGUUUAGCUCUGGUGGAUGAAAUGAGGUAUAGGAAAAUGCAUAUGGUGCUGAAAAAAGUUUUUUGUUAUGUUUAUUUUUUUAUUACUCACUAAGUGAACAUAAGUUGUAAAAUACGAAGAUGCAAGUGUUUCAUUUUUUUUUUUUUUUUUCUAUUUUAAAAUAUACUUCUGGUUUUCUAACUGUAGUUGACAUUAAGCCUGUAUCAAUUUUGUUUCAUAAGUUCAUGUGGAUGGUUAAGCUAUUACUGUCUUUUUAAAUGUUGAUAGUAUAGUCAUGUCCUUAGUGCAAAUCCAGACAUAUAGACACAAAACACUGCAAAAUGGGGAUAAAAAGAGAAAAAUCUGUUUUCUGAACAGCAAAACAUGAUACACAAUACAACAGGUUGUGUUUUUUUUUCUUUUCAAUAAAUUUACUA